CGCUGUUUACAAAGCCUGCGUUACUGCUUUUGUUUCCCCCUUAGGCCUCUUCAACUGAAGGAUGCCAUUCUUGAAAGGUGGAAGAGCAGCAGUAACUAGAACGAAAAAGUACUUGGAAGCUGGACGAAUAAUUUUAAAUGAUGGUGUCAAAAUUAUGGUUAUCAAUCAUAUUCCCGGGGCUGAAAUAUCGCAUGGAUGCGAUGAAUUCAUUAAAUGGCAUCUACCACCAUUACAAUUUCGAAAUCCAAACGUUCAGAUAAUUACAUUCAAAAAUAUGUUUCCAACACCAUUUAUAAAGAUCUAUCUUGAAAAAGACGAAGAACAGGUGGUCAAUUGUGCUUUUCGUAAAAAUGCCGAUAUCUAUGAUCAUUUGCACACACUGCUUGGAAAGACAACUUCACAAUCGGAUGAGUCAUUAGCAGUAAAUGAUCAGACUACAAGAAAUCCGUCGAAUUUUGGAACAGAUUUCCCACGUCAGUGUAUAUGUGAAGUAUAUGGACAAAUGCCGUGUUCUUCUCAUAUAGGCAAACCAAAAUUAUGGUCACAUUUACAAUAUACCCUACCAUCAGUCGAUUUGGAGACGAUUAUACCUCGGAAAUAAUUAGUCAGACUAUUUGAAUAUUAUUACUUGUAUGUGUAUAUAGGUAUUUUUAAGAAGCAUGUUAUUAUUCUUGCUCCUUUUUUUAAUAAUAAUAUACUUUAUUCCUAAACAGACAGUACUUAUAAUACAGAAUGGAAUUCUCAGCAUUUGUCACAAUAUUGCAUCUGAUUUACUCAGAAUUUAAAUAAAAUUAAAAAUAUAAAUAAAAUUAA